AUGUUUCGCGCAACCUCGAUAGCAGCCACCGCCAAGCGGUCGGCCAGGUUACAUUCCACAGCUGGUCCCAACGUCCGGCAUCUCAUGAGCAUCAACGACCUCACCCCAGCCGAGUUCACCAAGCUGGUCCGCAACGGCGCCGCCAGUAAGGCAGAGACCGUGGCCAUGAUGUUCAGCAAGCGAAGCACGCGCACGCGUGUGUCAACUGAAGGCGCGGUUGCUCUCUUGGGUGGACACCCUAUGUUUCUGGGCAAGGACGACAUCCAGCUCGGGGUCAACGAGUCACUCCUCGACACCUCAGUUGUCAUCUCCUCCAUGGUCUCUUGCAUGGUCGCCCGUGUCGGCAAGCAUUCCGACAUCACGGGUCUCGCAGAACACUCCAGCGUGCCCGUCAUCAACGCCCUAAGUGAUGACUUUCACCCGCUGCAGACCAUCGCAGACUUCCUCACCAUCCACGAGGCGUUUCCUUCGUCCACUUCCAACCCUGCAAGUCUCGGUCUGGAAGGUCUCAAGGUCGCCUGGGUGGGCGACUCCAACAAUGUUCUCUUCGAUCUCGCAUCUGCGUGCAUCAAGCUCGGCAUUGACAUCUCUGUCGCCUCACCCCAGGGCUAUGGUAUCCCGGACGCAAUGAAGAGGCACAUUCUGUCUGCUGCCCAAGGCGUGAGCAGUCCCGGAAAGCUGGAGGAGACAACUGUGCCCGAAGAGGCAGUCAAGGGCGCGGAUAUCCUGGUGACGGAUACAUGGGUGUCUAUGGGCCAGGAGGAGGAGGCGAAGAAGCGGCUGAAGGCCUUUGAGGGCUUCCAAAUCACCAAUGAGAUGGCAAAGAGGGGUGGUGCCAAGGAUGGCUGGAAGUUUAUGCAUUGCUUGCCUCGCCAUCCUGAGGAGGUGCAUGAUGAAGUGUUCUACAGUGAUCGGUCUCUGGUGUUCCCAGAGGCGCAAAACCGGCUGUGGGCUGCUGUUUCUGCGCUUGAGGCUUUUGUGGUCAACAAGGGCAAGAUUGUGUGA